CUUGUACAUUACAUAGCAUUGAUGCUUGUGUGCGUGUAGAAGCACAUUAAUAAAUAAGUUAUUAAUAAUUUCUCCUUUCGUUUUAUUAAUAUGAAAAAUUAUUUUAUUAUAUAAAUCAUUAAUAAGUUCCAAAAAAAAGCUAAUAAACUAUAUAAUACUACUCAGCACAAUCGCAAUAAUUAUUGAUUCAAAAGUCGGAAUAUAUGUUUCUUAGCGCAUAGAAUAGAAAAACUUGUACUCCUCGUGUUUAUUCUGUUGCUUUAUCAAUAAAAAUGGCAAAAAUAUUCGACGCCAAUUUGGAGUUUGUUCGUGAAGAUGAUUAUGUUGAAUAUUUUCUAUUUCCGGAGUUGAUAGGAACGCCCUCUAAUAUUGAUGAUGAAUCGAUGGAAGAUGUGCGUAAACAAUUGGAAAAUAUUAAGGACAACUAUAUGGCACUAGUGGGGAAUCUAAUAAAAGAACGCAAAUAUAUAUGGCAUAAAGAUGAAUUCCAAUUGUUAGUGCGUACGUGUAGUAAACAGGAGUUGCUUUUAAAUGAUGAAGUAACCAAAAUGACAGCCAAUGCCAAGGAAAGCAAAAUGGCAAAAGAACAACACGAAGCUGUUGUAUUGCCGCCCCAUCUGCAUGGCGUUACCCAUUACGGUGAUAAUAUAGCGGACGAAUGGUUUGUGGUUUUCUUGUUAACUGAAGUAACCAAAACGUUCGCGAACUGUGUGGCCCGAAUUAUAGACGCCGACGGCGAGUUUUUACUUAUCGAAGCUGCAGAUGUUUUACCCAAAUGGGCUAACCCAGACACAUGUGACCAGCGCGUUUACUUGUCUCAAGGCCACUUGCAUUUGGUACAAAAUUCUCCCUCGAAUACUAACAAAAUAAUGCCUGUCGAAUCGGCUAUUACGAAAAUACGCUCCAACCCCACUUUAUAUAGAGUAUCGAAGGAAAUUCAAUUUUGCAUUGAUAAGAGACUUAAAGAAUUCGAAUCUGUUGAUAAUUUAGCCUUGCAUCAUCAAAUUGUUCGCCUGCCUUUGGGUGUAGCGAUUUUAUUGAAAAAACGCCCAUCUCUAAUUGCUGCCGCAGUGAGAGCGUUCUGCGAGCGCGAUGUAAUUGAUAUGAAAGCUUGCCGCUCUAUGCGUUACUUCCCACCUGAACAACGGGUGCGUACAAAUGUUUGCUUCACCCGUUGUUUGUACGCCAUGAUUAUGCACACUGACUAUACGCCGGAUCGUAAAAUAGGUUGGCAUUUAAACGCUAAGCCCAAUUCCGAAGAAUAUAAAGAAGACUUACUGGGUAUAAAAUUAGCCUGUGGCUUUGAAAUCUUGGCCUCACAGGCUAAAGAUGUUAAAGCUGAUGCAAAUUCUCCGGCGUGGAAGGCUUACGUAAAAAGUUUGCUAUCGAAAGGUUAUUUUCGGGAUAACAUUGAGGGAUCAGCUGAAUAUCAAUGUUUGCUGGAACAAGCUAAAGCAUAUUUUGCAACAAAUCAGAUCAGAUUUCGAACGGCCGCUGUAGUGGGUGCAGAAAUUUUAGACUUGUUAAAACAGACCGGCACUAAUGCGGACGAGCUGAGGGAUGAGGAAAAUAAUUUAAAACUCAGCGAUCCUGAUGAUUGGCUUAAUGUUAGUGUAGAGGAGCUGGAUGCUAUGCUCGUGGAUCGUUAUGGUCCUAAAAAAAUUUACAAAUCGAAUGGUGACUUAAAUGCUGAAGAGUUUACGAAAAAUAUCUCCGAAUUUUUAGAGAAGCAGUCCGCCUUUGAAGGUAUCGAAAGAGACUCAGAUGACGUUACUAGCAACGAUGAAGAGCCUAAGAUUAAUAAAACGGAAAAAUUCGGAGCCAAAGUUAAGAAAAAUCUGUCAAUGCGUAAAGCUUGUCGACAAAAUCCCUUGGAGACUAGUUUGCCGGUAUCAGAGCAGAAUGAAAGUUUUAGUACACAAGUACGUAAUUUCUUGGAAUUUACUAUACCGGAAGAUACUUGGGACUCGCAAUCUGAAAUGAGCGAUUAUGAGGAUGAAGAUGAUAUCGAACACAAUUUCUCAUCUAUGGCUGGUGCAGAUCGUCAAAUUGAUGCCGAUAUUAAAGCCUACAUGGACGAAAUGGAUAAAGAGUUGGCAAAAACAACUAUAGGCCAAACGUUUGUCACCACUCAGCAGAAGAGAACAAUAAAAACGAAAACAAGUUCUUCGGCGGCCGAUGCCGAUGAUGAUGAUUUUGAUGAUAUUGAGGCCUUUGAGCCAAUCAACAUAAAUGUAAAUACUUUGAAAAGUAUGAUGGAUAGUUAUAAAUCUCAGCUUGGCGGUGCUGGGCCCGUUACACAUUUACUUAACGCCAUGGGGGCUGGCAUGUCGGCAGCAACUACUGAAGAACCAAAAGAUUUAAGUGAAUCUACAGUAUAAGUGAUCAACCAUCAAGAAAGAAAAAAAAAAAAAAUAAUAAAACAAAACAAAACAAAAAACUUUCUUUGAGGUUAUGUUAAAUAAGCUAAGCUAAAAAAAGUGUGUGUGUUUUCCCUUCAUAAGUAUUGUUAAGCAUUUUUAAAGACGAAGAUGGCUUGUAAAAAUAUACAGACGGUGCGCCAGUCUCUGCGGUCGCUCGCCUGCAGCGCAAAAGUUCCCCUUUACUACGGGAACUGGAUGGAUUUAAAGUGCAGAAUUUUGUUAGUAAUUUCAUCGACAUUUGACUGCUGGCUAUUUUGAGCCAUUAAGACAUUUAAUCACAGAAAUUUGGCACUUGUUUGUAUGCCUUCUUGUUUGCUUGAAAAUUGUAAGCACAAAAUUUAUCAUAAACAAUGUAAUUUACUCUCUUUUGUGAGAUUUUUGCUU